AUGGCAACCUACCUCGAGCGCGGGUCCGAUUGUGAAGUGCGAAGUGUUAUGAAAUUUUUGACGUGGGAAGGUGUUGCGGCCUGUGAAAUUCAUCGAAGGGUUACUUCAGCUUACGGUGAAAAUGUGAUGAGCAUUCAAAUGGUUCGGAGGUGGAGAAAAACAUUCGAGGAAGGACGUGUUUCGGUGCAUGACGAGCACUGCAGUGGGCGCCUGUCGAGUCCGAGCCACGAAGACGCAGUUGAGGCAGUGCGUGCCAUUUUGGAUAAAGAUCGGCGUCGAACCCUUGACCAAAUCCUCGAAUUGGUUCAUCCCAAGUUCGAGUUGACUCGGUCUGUAGUUGGUCUCAUUGUUCAAGAUGACCUGAACCUCAAUAAAGUCUGUGCAAGGUGGGUCCCGCGGCUAUUGUCGGAUGAGCACAAACAAAACCGUUUGGACGCGGAAAAUCAAUUUUUUGAGAUGCUUGAGGAUGAAGGAGAAGGUCUUUAUGCUCGAAUUGUGACUGGGCAUGAGACAUGGAUCCAUCACAACACUCCCGAAACCAAAAUGCAGAGCAUGGUGUAG